CGGGCCACCCGCCGACCCGGCCCGUGCCCAGAGCGCGCGGAGAUGCCAUGGCCCGGCAGUGAGCUGCAGGCCCGUGGGUGCGGCCUCCGGCGCGAGGCAUGCGGCCAUGCAGCUGCGCUGGGUGCUGGUGGGCCUGCUGCUCAGCCUCUCCGUGGGCGUGUUGGGCAUCGUGCUGAAGCGCUUCUACCUCAACUACUCGAUCGGCGACAUCCUGGCCAUCACGGGACUGAUGCUGUUCACCACUGCCGUGGUGAGUCUGCUCCUGGCGCGCUUGGGCUUCGCCGUCAAGCGCUGUGUGGCGCGCUCCCGCUGGGCCGAGCUGCUGGGCGUGAUGACGCUGCACUCAGGCACGCAGGUCGUGAGACAGCCGCAGGACGCCAGCCUAUUGCCUCCCGGCACCGUGGUGUGCGUGGUGCCCCCGUCGCUCCCCGUUUUCUGCCCGGAUAACGCGGGCGACAUGCUCACCAUCUUCGAGGACUACGCGCAGUAUCCGCCCCAGCCGCGCCGGCUCUUCGACACGCACCGGGUAUCCCCGGCCACGUCGCCCGAACCGCGGGCGCAGGCCCUUGUUUGUCUUCCGGACGAGCCCUUCCUGUACCUGGUGGACGCGAGCGGAUCCUUCGUGCCGCUCGCCUCGCCUCAGACGUCGGCCGAACCGCCCGAACCGCCCGCCCUCCCGUUUGUGCAGGACCCACCACCGCCCUACUCGGAACUAUGCGGCGACCCGCCGCCGCCCUACACAGAUGCUCCCCCGAUGCUCGGCGAGGCCGCCUAG